AAAAAAUGUGGUUUAAAGCUUUUGACAAAAGGGGCAUUACAAUUUCAAGGCGCGGUAGUUCAAAGGCGUACUGCAGUAAAUCGAAUUCAGGCGCAAACGAGAACUUCCCGCUGACUGUGGGCUGGUUCUCUGUGUAUCCAGGGAGCUCGGUGUAUCUACGUGUAAGCGAGUCGGGUGAUGCAGAUGCUGUUCCCCUUGCGUCUGUGCGAUACUGGUCGACGUGGUGUAGAGCUGAGGAGAAGUCCCGGGUGCGGAUUGAAGGGAGAAUUAUAGAGGAUGCUGAAACACCAACUCCUCCAAACCCCUCCGGCCAGUGUCCCAUCUGCCGCUGGAACCUGAAGCAUAAGUAUGAUUAUGUGGAUGUCCUGCUGCUGAGCCAGUUUAUCCGUUCGGAUGGAGGGAUGCUGCCACGGCGGAUCACAGGCCUCUGUCUGGAGGAGCACAAGAAGAUUGCCGUCUGCGUGCAGAUGGCUCACCGGGCAGGUUUGUUGCCAAACCACAGGCCUCCGCUUCCUGAAGGGCAUAUUCCCAAGAAACCCCAGCUCAACAGGUACCUGACCCGCUGGUCCGUCCGGUCGGCCAAGCCCAUCUGGAAGAGGGGCCCGAAGUGGUGCAAAAAGCCCAUGCCCGUGGGACACCCUUUGCUGAAGGACAACGUCAAAUACACGCACAAGCCUCUCUAUUUAAACCACUAG